GUGCAGAGCCGGGCUCCGCUGAGCGCAGAUGAUGUGCUUCAUCCUUUUGUCAUAGGACUACAUUUGCUGAAAGGAAAACUAAAGGCUGCCCCAAUGGAGCACAUCCAGGGAGCUUGGAAGACCAUCAGCAAUGGCUUUGGCCUGAAGGAUUCUGUCUUUGAUGGCCCCAACUGCAUCUCCCCCACGCUGGUGCAGCAGUUUGGGUACCAGCGCCGGGCGUCCGACGACGGCAAAAUCUCGGAUACGUCCAAAACCAGCAACACCAUCCGCGUCUUCCUGCCCAACAAGCAGCGCACCGUGGUGAACGUGAGGAACGGGAUGACCCUGCAUGACUGUCUGAUGAAGGCUCUGAAGGUCAGGGGGCUGCAGCCAGAGUGCUGUGCAGUGUUUCGACUUCUUGCUGAGCCCAAGGGGAAGAAAGUGCGUUUGGAUUGGAACACAGACGCUGCCUCCCUGAUUGGAGAGGAGCUGCGGGUGGAUUUCCUUGACCAUGUCCCACUCACCACUCACAAUUUUGCCAGGAAGACAUUUCUGAAGCUUGCCUUCUGUGACAUCUGCCAGAAGUUCCUGCUCAACGGCUUCCGCUGUCAGACGUGCGGCUACAAAUUCCACGAGCACUGCAGCACCAAGGUGCCAACCAUGUGUGUGGACUGGAGCAACAUCAGGCAGCUCUUAUUGUUCCCAAAUUCAAAUAUCAGUGACAGUGGUGUCCCUGCACUACCUCCCUUGACAAUGAGGCGGAUGCGGGAGUCUGUCUCCCGGAUACCUGUUAGCUCCCAGCACAGGUAUUCCACACCUCAUGCCUUCACUUUCAACCCAUCCAGCCCUUCCUCUGAGGGCUCUCUGUCCCAGAGGCAGCGCUCCACCUCCACCCCCAACGUGCACAUGGUCAGCACCACCAUGCCCGUGGACAGCAGGAUCAUCGAGGAUGCAAUUCGAAGCCAUAGUGAAUCAGCCUCACCCUCUGCUCUGUCUGGAAGUCCUAACAAUAUGAGCCCAACUGGCUGGUCUCAGCCUAAAACCCCAGUCCCAGCCCAAAGAGAGAGAGCCCCUGCAUCUAACACACAAGAAAAAAACAAAAUUAGGCCUCGUGGGCAGAGAGACUCCAGCUAUUACUGGGAGAUAGAAGCCAGUGAAGUGAUGCUCUCCACCAGGAUAGGCUCGGGCUCCUUUGGGACAGUUUACAAGGGCAAGUGGCACGGGGAUGUAGCAGUGAAGAUCCUAAAGGUUGUAGACCCAACCCCAGAGCAGUUCCAGGCUUUCAGGAAUGAAGUGGCUGUCCUGAGGAAGACCCGGCACGUGAACAUCCUGCUCUUCAUGGGCUACAUGACCAAGGACAACCUGGCCAUUGUCACCCAGUGGUGUGAGGGCAGCAGCCUCUACAAACACCUGCACGUGCAGGAGACCAAGUUCCAGAUGUUCCAGCUGAUCGACAUCGCGCGCCAGACGGCCCAGGGCAUGGACUAUUUACAUGCAAAGAACAUCAUCCACAGAGACAUGAAAUCCAAUAAUAUAUUUCUUCAUGAAGGCCUGACAGUGAAAAUCGGAGACUUUGGGCUGGCAACGGUGAAAUCCAGGUGGAGCGGGUCCCAGCAGGUGGAGCAGCCCACGGGCUCCAUCCUGUGGAUGGUGAGCAAACAUUCCCUGCUUUUGUGCUCUGUGAAAUACACACAUCCCCUGGAACAGAGGUCCAGAAGCAGAAAUGUUCUUUUCUUUAAAAAAAUUGUGAAAAAAAAGCCAAACUUUAAAAGCUUUUCUUAAAAAAAAAAAAAGGAUUUAAAAUUAAUUUACCCAAUGCAAUGUAUUUGUGUACAUGAAACAGAGUUUGGGAAAGAAAACCUUGCUUAUUUGCUCAUUGCAGGCAUUAAAAAAAUGUAUUUAUUUGAGUCAUUUGUAGCCCAUCUUUGCUGAGCUGUCACAGGAGGGGAGGUUGUUUCUGUUUCUGUGAUCCCUCAUUGCUGCUUAAUAAUUCUGAGGGGAUUCUUUAGGGGGGAGAAAAAAAUCUCAGCCAAUGGGGAAAAUUCUUCUGGUGGCUCACACCUUGUUUUGCUCACUCAUCUGACAGUGUUUAUUUUAAGAAGCU